CUGAGCUGCGGCCGCCCUCCGCAUCCCUCCGCGCCGCACAUCGCUUCCCUCGGCGGCGCCAUGGGCCCGGGGCCGGCCUGCCUCUGCCUUUGCCUGUGCUGGGCGCUGGCCGCCACGGAGCCGCGGCUGCAGCGGGGCAUGCCAAAUGUCUGUCCAGUGUUUGAGCUGGCACUGGUAGGACACCAACAGCCGUGUGUUCAAGCCUUUAGUCGCAUGGUCAAGAUGUGGAAACAAGGAUGCACAAGGAGGAGGUGGUGUAUGGGCUACGAGAGGAGGUCUGGGUACUACACAAUUUACAAGCAAGUGUACAGAAUGGAGCAUCAGAUCGUCUAUAAGUGCUGCCCUGGAUGGGUCCAACAUGACAAUGAACCUGGCUGUUUGCACUUGCAUUGCAUGGCUGGCACUUGCUUCAAUGGAGGGAAAUGUUCUGAAGCAGGAUCCCAGGUGUGCCAGUGUCCUGCAGGAUUUCAGGGUCCUCGCUGCCAGUAUGACAUAAAUGAGUGCACCACUGAGAACGGUGGCUGCCAUGACCAGUGCUGUAAUACCAUUGGCAGCUACCACUGCAAAUGUCCAGCUGGCCAGAAACUAGAAGAAGAUGGCAAAUCGUGUGGAGAUGUGGACGAGUGUGCGGUGGUGAACGGGGGCUGCCAGCAGGGCUGCGUCAACACACACGGCUCCUUCCACUGCCGGUGCCAGGCGGGAUACAGGCUCCACGCUGAUGGGCGCACGUGCGUGGCUGUCAGUUCCUGCAGUGUUAACAAGGGGGGCUGUGAGCAGGAGUGCAUUCAGCUUGGUGAAGACCGCUACAAGUGCCAGUGCCAGCCGGGCUACCAGCUGAAGAGGGAUGCCAGAUCCUGUGAAGAUGUUGACGAGUGUGCAGAAGGGAGAGCCAGGUGUGCUCAUCGUUGUGUGAACACUCUGGGAUCCUUCACCUGUGUCUGUAAUCCCGGCUUCGAGCUGGGGGCUGAUGGAAAGCAGUGCUACCGCAUCGAAAUGGAAAUUGUCGAUAGCUGCCAGGAGAACAACGGUGGCUGCUCUCACCGCUGCGAGCACACGACUGCGGGGCCGCGCUGCUCCUGCGAUGACGGCUAUCGCCUCGAGUUUGAUGGCAAAACGUGCGCAGAGCUGGACGAGUGUGAGACCGGGGAGUCCUGCUGCUCCCAGUUCUGCAUCAACUACGCGGGUGGCUACGAGUGUGCCUGCAAAGCGGGGUUCCAGCCCAACGCCGACGGCUGCGCCUGCGACGAUGUGGAUGAAUGUCAGCUAGAUAAUGGCAACUGCGACCAUUUCUGUGUUAAUUCUCUGGGGUCAUACGAAUGUGCAUGUAAGGAAGGUUACAGGCUUGGUCUUAACAGGUGGUCCUGCAUCGGUGGAGAUGAGGCAGAUGCCGAGGAGGCGGUGGGGCUCGCUGGGGCUCCGGGGCUGCAGUUCAGAGGUUCCCCCCAGCUCCUUCGCUACGCACUUGGUGCCCUCUAUGAGGAUGAAGACCCACGAGGAGAGCUCACCCUGGUGCAAAGGGUCGUUUGCCUUGAUAGCACUUUUGGCAAUGACUGUAGCUUGAGGUGUGAGGAUUGUCUGAACGGAGGCAGAUGUAACAGUGAACGCAGUGGCUGUGUUUGCUCACCUGGGUGGACCGGCAUUAUCUGUAAUGAAACUUGCUCCCCCGGGACGUAUGGCAGAAGCUGCGCCGCUGUUUGCAAGUGCCAGAACGGAGGCUCCUGCGACCCAGUGACGGGGCAGUGCCGCUGCCCGCCCGGCGUGCAUGGCAAGCUCUGCGAAGAUGGUUGCCCGAAAGGCCUCUUUGGGAAAAACUGUAACAGGCCCUGCAACUGCGCCAACAACGGCUAUUGCCACAGGCUCUACGGCGCCUGCCUGUGUGACCCUGGGCUCUACGGGCGCUUCUGCCAUCUUGCCUGUCCCAGGUGGGCCUUUGGAGCUGGCUGCUCGGAGGAGUGUCAGUGCGUGAAAGAGCACACGCUGGAAUGCAACGCGAGGAACGGGACUUGCACCUGCAAGCCUGGUUAUCACGGCAAAAAGUGUCAGAAAGAGUGCACGCCUGGCUUUUAUGGGGCUGGUUGCAAACUGAGGUGCAGCUGUCCUAGUGAUGUUUUGUGUGAUCAUGAGACAGGAGUCUGCAAACAUCCAUGUCCACCUGGGUUUCAUGGAGAAAAAUGCCGUUUAUCUUGUCAGCCUGGGAGCUUCGGGGCAAACUGCAGGCAGAGGUGCAGCUGUGGAGAAGCACCAUGCAACCCAAAGACGGGGCAGUGUAUUUGCCCUACUGGGAAGACUGGUGCUACGUGUGAGCAAGAUUGCCCAGCUGGCCGGUGGGGACCAGACUGCCAGUCCUCCUGUGAGCCCUGUGCCAACGGGGGACAGUGCAACAGAGAAACGGGAGCCUGCGACUGUCCCCCUGGCUACACGGGGCCAUCCUGCUCUGCACCCUGCCCUGAUGGUUACUAUGGACAAAAUUGCCUGCUGUUAUGCAGCUGUAGCAGCAGUGCUCAGUGUCACCAUGUCACUGGAGAGUGUACGUGUCCCCCCGGCUGGACCGGCCACGACUGCAAACACCCCUGCAAUAGUGGCCAUUGGGGACAGAGCUGUGAAAACACGUGUGUCUGCAAUAACAGCGACGGUAGCUGUGAUCCAAUCACUGGCUCCUGCUUCUGUGAGCCGGGAUUCACUGGGAGACACUGUGAACGGAGAUGCCCCGCGGGAAGCUUUGGCCCUAGCUGUGAGUACAGCUGUCGGUGCCAGAAUGGAGCUGCCUGCGACCACGUGAGCGGAGCCUGUACUUGCACGGCGGGCUGGACCGGAACCUUCUGUGGAAGAGCUUGUCCAGAUGGAUUCUUUGGGCUUGACUGCCACCAGGUGUGCAAGUGCAAGAAUGCUGCUGGCUGUGACCACGUCCUGGGAACAUGCAGCUGCCUCCCCGGCUGGCUGGGAGAGACCUGCGAGCAGCCCUGCCAGGGGGACAGCUACGGGCCAGGCUGCAGCCACGCUUGUCACUGUCACAACGGAGCGCUCUGUCAUCACAUCACCGGGAUGUGCCUUUGUAGCCCAGGGUGGAAAGGAGCCACCUGCCAAGAGGCCUGUCCUCCUGGAUGGUAUGGUGCAAACUGCCUACAGCGCUGUGUCUGCCAUGGCCAAGCAAAGUGUGACCGUGUGACGGGCGAGUGCCUCUGUCCCCAGGGUUGGACUGGGAUAGCGUGUGAGUUGGAGUGUGGGGAUGGGAGGUACGGAGAGGGCUGUCAGCAGAACUGCAGCUGCCACCAUGGUGUUUGUGACCAGCGCUCGGGGAAAUGCAUCUGCCACGCUGGCUGGACUGGGGACGACUGUGAUGCUGUCUGCCCCCUGGGACUGUUUGGCAAGCAGUGCGAGGAGCACUGUGACUGUGUACACGCCUUGUCCUGCCACCACCAAACUGGAGUGUGUCACUGUGAAAAGGGAUGGCGAGGGAGGCACUGUGACAAACCUUGCUUGCCCGGCCGCUACGGCGUGGGCUGUGCCCAGCGAUGCCGGUGUCCCGUGGGUGCCCCCUGCCAUUCCCUGACGGGCGCCUGCGGCUGUCCUCCAGGAUUCACCGGCUACGGCUGUGAGAAAACUUGUCCACCGGGCACGUAUGGUAAGAACUGUAACCGAGUAUGUCAGUGCUCUGCUGAGAAUGAGGAAUGUCACCCGGUGACCGGAGACUGUGCGUGCCGCCCGGGGUACUUCGGGGCCCGCUGCCACCUCCGGUGCCCAAAAGGUACUUACGGUUCGAACUGCCAAAACCCCUGUAAAUGCAUGAAUGGAGCCCACUGCGACCCUGCGUCGGGAACGUGUGACUGCGCGCCUGGUUUCAUUGGAGCCGACUGUAGUAAAACUUGCCCUGAGAACCGACACGGGAAGGACUGCGCCCUGUUCUGUGCAUGUGGUAAAGGUCAGUGUGACCCACGGACUGGCAAGUGCACCUGUCCUCCUGGCCAAAUGGGACCCAGCUGUCAGCAAGUGUGUCCCCAGGGACAGUAUGGCCCCAACUGCCACCUGACAUGUACCUGUCAGAACGGUGGUAUCUGUGACCACGUGGAUGGCAACUGCACUUGCGGGCUCGGCUGGACAGGAAGAUCGUGUGAGAAAGAAUGUCUCCCGGGGAAGUAUGGGUCUGGCUGUGGCUUGGACUGCUCGUGCCAGCACAACGGCACCUGCGACAGGUUCACGGGCUGCUGCCGAUGCCCCGAGGGCUACUACGGCCACUCCUGUGAGCACAAGUGCCCCCUUGGAUUUUAUGGGCUAAGCUGUCUUCACACAUGUGCCUGUCAGAAUGGAGCAACCUGCGAUGCAGUGACAGGACAGUGCAUUUGUCCUUUGGGUUAUCAAGGUGCCCACUGUGAAAAAGGCUGCGACAGGGGCUGGUUUGGAGAGAGGUGCCAGCACCAGUGCGACUGCGGGGAUGCUCCUUGUGAUCCAGAGACUGGGAAGUGCCUUUGCCCACCUGGGAAGACUGGAGACAAAUGUGACAUUGAAUGCAGGUCAAACCAGUACGGCCCUGACUGCUCCUUGCAAUGCCAGUGUGCCAGCAAAUCCCAGUGCAAUCCGUACAACGGGAAUUGCGUGUGCCCAGCCACGUGGAUGGGGCCAACCUGCAAAGAAGGUGGCCCUCCAAAGCUUCCUUUUCAUGAAGAACAAAUUCAAGAAAGAGGGAAGAUUUUUCCAAGAGCUCUACAACAGUAACAUUUGGACUAAUAAAUGAACUGUUUUAUAUGCACAGACGGUAUUUGAAUUUGGAUAUGAAAACAGCUAUUCAAUUCAGCUUGAAUUGUACUGAAGUAUUCACACUUCUUAUGGAAGACUACAGAGGCCAUUUAGUAGCUGGAUCCUUUUAAAAAGUUGAAUCUGUUUCAUGUAUUUAUUCCUAGCCUCUUACCCCUCCAUUAAUCUGCUCUGGCCGUUCUUUCUGCUAUAUAAUAUAAUUCAUUGUUUGAAAGCUUGGACGUGUUUUUAAUAAGACCGGCUCCAAAGAGUAUCAGGAUAAGCAGUAUGUAACAUAUCAACGUGCAGUGAGCCACACCACUUAUAAGUGACUUUCUAAACCUGCUUGACAACCAGCAUGGAGUUUACUGAGCGUUUCACAGAUUACGAAACCAAUACUGAUUCACUGCAAAGUCACGUUGCACAGAAACUAGUGGGAUUCACCAAAUCAAUUCUGCUUUGAAUAACAUUGUGUGUUCUAGAAAAGCGUUCAGUCUAAUUUUAAACUUGCAGCUGAAGCAGAAUCCAGCACAGUCCUUGAUAAGUGAGAAUAUGUACUGCAUUUUUAGUGUGGAUUGACUGAUUGGAAGGUCUCCAUCUAUAUCUUGCUUCUGUCUGAAUCUGUCUUCCAAAGAGCAUGGUGUCACCUGUCAGACUCUUCUGGCUUUCUGCAUCCUCCCGUCUUGUCAGUUCACUUUCUCAGUGGUUUGUCAAGUCAAACUGUGCAGCAGUUCUCAUCAAACAGUACUGUCUAACGCAGAAAAGAGUUUUGUCUUGGGUGGAGAAAGCAGAUAGUAAGCAAGGAUAGAUGUUUGAAGAUAACCUUUGUGUUCUUUAUAUAAAGGAUUAUAAUGUGCUUUUACUGCACAAUAGGUUGUCAGCUUUAAAAAGUCCUGAUACCAUUCAACAGCUGCUGUUGGUCACUGAAUAGAACAAAGACAUGUUGGUGCUAUUUUGUCUUUUUAGACAGGUUGUUCUUUAGUAUAGAACUAUAUAAUUAUAGAGAAAUAAUGUUCUCUAUUUUAAUAUUCUGAGUUAACCUGACUAAAUAAUUUCAGAGUGCCUCUUUAUACCUCUCUUUAGGUUAGGAGUUACAAAAUCUACGUAGUAACCUCUGGAGUCUGACAAUAUCAAAAGUGCACUUAUUAAAGGGCAUCAGGACCACAGGCUCAUCAGACAUGGUAAUACAGGUAGUGCCAGGUCUUGUGUUCACGCUACCGUUCACACAGCGUAACAAACUGGAACUCUGCAAGAGAAGAUUUUUGUCUUAGAAGAGACAAAGUGACAAUAAUUGAUGUAACUUGUGAUUUGUAAAGCUUAUUUUUGUUGUUGCAGUUGGAUAAUGAGUAGAUGAAGUCACAGUUUUACCCCAUGGUUCACCUCAGGUCUUAAACACAUCUGCAGUCAGCAACUGUCCAGUACAAAGCAAGUGACACUUGCUCACCUGCUUGCAAACUGUGAUCUAUUCUAAGCAAUAUAGGUUUUGUAGGUAUUUUUCAAGCUUCAUGGAAGUCUUGUUGUUGUUCAUCACCUCAUAGGUAUAGAAAUUCAUCCUAAAUGCCAUAAAGUUAUUUGUGAAUGUGUCAGAAUUCAUUAACCAACUGUGCUUUCAGCCAAAAUAUCACAGGGGCUGAUGGUGAUCCCUGGUCAUUUCUUCUGUAGAGACCCAUGAAUGUCACUGGAAAGUUUACUCAAUGAAAAUGUGCCAAAACUGUUGUUCCCAAACUAGUCAGAAGUGUGUGGCUCUCAGCAGGGCUUUACUGCCAGCUGUGACAUUUUAAACAUUUUUUUGGAGAUGAGAUGUCCUGGGUCUGAUCCUGCAAUUAUGUGAAUUUGGGGCAAUUUCACUGAACUGGAACUGAUAAGGUAAAUCUCAUGUGAGAAAAUUAAACAUAAUCUUAGCAACUGCUGGAGAGGAACAAUCCAGGUUAAGCAAUUAACAUAUUUUGGACUUAACUAUGUAUUUACCACAGAGCCAAACUACAACAGUAAUGCAAGAGUCACAUUAUAUUCGAGACGUUUCCUAGAAUCAUAAAGUUAAGUUGUAAGAGACCUCUGGAUGUCCAGGCUUCUCUUCAAAGCCUGAUCAGCUUCAAAGGUAAAGGGAGUUGCUCAGAGAUUCAUCUGGCUGAGUUCUGAAUAUCUCCAAGGAUGGAGAUCCCACCACCUCUUUGAGCCCCUGUCCCAGUGAAAAUUUCACGCUCAAGACUAUUAUUUUUUCUCCCCUAUUUUCUAAUCAGAAUUUUCUUAAGUUCAACUUGUCCGGUGCUUCUCAUCCUUUCAGUGUGCAUCUCGGAGAAUUAUUUGACUUCAUCUCACCUACAGCCCCCAUGGGGUAGUUGAAGACAGCAGUAAUACCUCCCCUUGGUCUUCUCUCCUGAAGACCGAGCAAACCUUGCUCCCUCAGACCCAACUGUAUCAGCCCCGAUUACCUGGCCCCGUUCCAGUACAUUGGACAUUUCAGUGAUGGGAAGGAUGCCCAGUGACUGGUACGGUUACUCAGCAGCUAAUGCCUCAAAGCCCAGAGCUUACGUUUUGCUGUUUGACAGCAGUUUAUAAAACGGACUGGUUUUUCUUAUCUCUGUAUUCUGCUAUGUGAUUAGAGCAGCUAAUCAAAGAAAAAGCCUUUCUCAAACCAUAUUAUUUACCUGUGUAUACUUGUUUACAUUUUCCACAGUACCUUGAUAAUAGAAUUGUAAAUAUGUAGUAUAAAGGAAAUAAAAUUUUUUGUAUGAAGUAUUUUUAAAGAAUGUCACAAUUUGUACGUGAUGAAACAUGUAUUGUAAGUGACUGAUGCUGAGCCUGUGCCAGUGAAUUAGAGGCCCAAGAAGAUCUGCUUCGGAAAUAUUUCAGCAAACUUGUUUUAAAAAAAAAAAUCAAAAAAUGCCAUUUCAUA